UACUAGAAGCAGCUAUGCCGGUGGACACAAGGCGAGUGCGGGCUCCCGAGGAGUCGCAGUGCCCUCUGCUCUUCGUGCCCCUGUUGCCCAGGGGUCCACUGAGAACCGUAGCGCAGCCUGAGAAGGCGCGGGUUGACGGUCGGCAGCGAAGCCAGGUGGACGUGCGGCCGGUGUUUGCGCGCUGUGGCCUCGUAACCCAGGCCAAGGGCUCAGCCUACAUGGAGGCUGGUAAAACGAAGGUGCUGUGCGCCGUGUACGGGCCGCGGGAAUCCGAGCGCAAGGACGAUACCGACAUGAAGGCCGGGCGACUCGUGUGCGACUUCCGCUACGCGCCCUUUUCCUGUCCCAAGAGAGGCACCUGGAUCCAGGGCAGCGAGGAGCGCGACGCGGCGCAGGCCCUGCAGGAGGCGCUGCGGCCCGGCCUCUGUCUGCACCGCUACCCACGCGCGCAGGUCGAGGUGAACGUACUGGUGCUCGAGCACGAUGGCUCCGUGCUUGCGCACGCAGUUACGUGCGCGUCCAUGGCGCUAGUGGAUGCCGGCGUGGAGAUGUACGACCUGGUUCUUGGCUGCGCGCUGCGACAGGACGGCGAUUCGUAUCUGCUGGACCCCACUCUGGCGGAGGAGAGUGGCGGCCAUGCGACACAGCCCGAGGACAACCAGGGCGGCGUGACUGUGGCUCUGCUGCCCAGCCUGGGCCAGGUGUCGGGGCUGCACGCAGACGGCGAGCUGCGUGAUGAGAGCGUGUCCGCUGCGGUGCGCGCUUGCAUGGAGGGCUGUCACCGGCUCUACCCCGUGGUACGACGGGCGCUCGUGUACGCGGCACGCAGAAAGGCGGCGCCGCCUGGGGACGCGGACGACUGAAAGUGGCAGUGACUGCGCGUUCUUGGGUGUUGAAGGUGCACUAUGAAGUGUUCACUUCCUCUCGGAUCGGACACGUGCAGGACUCGCACUAACCCGCUCGGUCUUGCCUGCUGGCGUGAGGACAUUGUACACCGCCAAGUGCGUUGUAGCUCAUUAUGGUAUGUUUAGAUUUGUCGUGUGUGUGUGUGUGUGUGUAGGUGGUGAAUUUAUGGUAAAACAUAUUAGUGUCCCAAAUGGCAUGUAACAAGACCACUCAUGCAACAUAUCAAAUUAUAGAUGUAAUAUUAUGGUACAGUCCAAUACUUCUAUGCAAAUUAGUUUUGGAUCUGUCAAUGCUAUGACUGAGUUCCUUCUCGGAUGGGGCCCUUGAUGACGGUGGGAAUGAGAGUCUGGAAACAUGACUAGAUCACUUGCUUCUCCUGCAGUAGUGGUUAGUGUGUUGGAUUUUCACUCUGACACAGCUUCAAAUGUCCCUUCCUGCUGUAGUUCCUUGGUCAAUGUACAGUACAUACACUGAAUUUACCAUAAAGAUUACCCUGCUGGGUAAAUGGGAGUAUUUCACCUUGGAGAAAUGCAUUGCUGAAAUUACAUGAUAUCUAAGAUAGCCACAGCAGAGACGAUAGAACAAACAUGCUGAAUGUUGCCAGUUGAAGACCUAUUCCUUCCCCAAACUACUAAUGUUGAAUUACUAGGGCAAGAAUGCUCUGUGUUGUAUAUUGUUUCAUAAGUGGCUGUUACUUUAACUGAGAUUUAAGGAACAAAAUUUUUUCAUCGAGGUUUGUAUCACUGUGGGUUUGAUUGCAUGUUCUUCCAACUCUGUGUGUUUGUCUGUGGUUGUAAGCUUUAUUAUGUCCCUUUCUCCUCACCUGCCAUUUACAUUUACUCAUUUAGCUGAUUCUCCCCCC